AUGACCCUCCCUGAGUCGAAAUCCCGCGACCUUGCGGCUCAUUAUACCGAGCUGGAGAACAAGCACAUCCAGCUCGAGCUGGAUCUGAAGCUGGCAAGGCGUGGUCCGCAGUCCACCUCGUUCAGGACAGAUUUCCUGCUCAACAUCCUCCCCGGUCAGAAUGGGGCUGGAGAAGGUAUGGCAUUUGUGCUCACAAACAAUCCAUCGUUGCCCAGCAACAGCAGUGGCCAGUGGCUUGGCAUAUGCAAUGACACGACAGACGGCACGAAGACGGACCCAGUUGUAGCCGUCGAGUUUGACACGAGGAAGAGCUACGAGGAUGACCUUGAUGGCAACCAUGUCGGCAUUGACAUCAACAGCAUCAAAUCUAUUCGGCAGUACCCGCUUAGUAAUGUUUUCAUCGUUCUCUCAAGUGGGUCUGAUGUAUGGGUUAGUAUCAGGUACCACGGCACAUCAAAAUUGUUUCAAGUAUUUCUAGUCCAACAUAGCAUCCGUGGGCGGUAUGUCUACCAAGGAGAUAUCUACAUUGAUCUAUCACAGCUUCUGCAGGACAAGAUAUAUUUGGUAUUUGCUGGUUCCACUGGCAACUUCACCCAACUGAACCAGAUAAAGUCGUGGAACUUCACCAUGAUAGAUGAAUAA